UAUUGGACACUAAAAAAAUACAGUCCUAAGAAACAAACACCGCCAUCCACAAAGAGCAAUCACUGUCAUCACCCUAACAAAUGAAGUAGACAAACUUCUCCAAUUCCCAACCACUUUUUACUCAAAAAUUAUCACAGGAAGACCAAAACCUAAAUAAAUAAAUAAGUAACAAUCAAAACCAAAUACAACCUAAAGCAUAACCACAUAAUAAUAAUUCUUACUAUUAUUAGUCACACUACUACUCACUUAUCUUCUUGAACCCCAAUCAUGGACAAGCCAACCACCACCACCACCACCACCACUCACACUCUAUCACCGUCUCUGUCGCCACCACCAAUGGUCACACUCCCCGCCAUAAUCUACACCUUUAUCUUCGCCUACGGCUGCCCGUCUUGCCGCCGGCAACCAGAGCGAAAUUCCGGGGAGCAUUCCAGUGAGUCCCGCGACGGGGACAGCGUCACCGCCACCGCUGUUGCUGAAUUUCGGUACCAGAAGGACUCUCACGUGAAGGAGAUCGGCAUCGAGUGUCCAGUAUGCUUGUCGGCUUUCGCCGACGGCGAGAAACUCCGGCAACUUAGCGAUUGUAAGCAUUCGUUUCACGCUGAUUGCAUCAACUUGUGGCUCAGCAACCACACGAAUUGCCCAAUUUGCCGCUCCAUCGUCGCCGGCGCUGGCAGAAAGCGCCCCAGUUCAUCUGCUCCGGCAAGAGAUCAUCAUGAUUUUCAUCAAGGUCUUCCUGAUGCAUCCGGUUUGGUAUGAACAUUUAAUUUCUUUUCUUGCCUUUUUUAUUUUUCAAAAUUUCUUUAAUAUAUAGAAAAUGUUGUGAGUUUUAAAGGUGUGUAGUGGAAUUUGAAAUUGGAUAUAGAGGAAAAAAAGAAAAGAAAAGGAUGAAAGUUUGUUAGGGAAAUAUAUAAAAUCACACCGUCCAAAGGUUUGUAUAUGAAUAUAAUGUCCUAAGGGAUAAAUCAUAAAUGAUAUAGUUGAUACUUGAUAGUUCAACGAAGCAAUGGUAAA